CCAGUGGUCGGUGGUGUCGCCCUUUUCCGGAGAGACGGGAUGGAAGACCAGGACCCCGCUCCGUGAGACUGACCCGGACCACUAAAGUGGGACGCGGUUCUCGAAACAAACUGUCAAGAAAAUGCAAGAACCUCCAAAGAACAUUGAAGAAUUCUUAAAGCUUCAGAACUUGGAUCAUUGGCCAAAGGAAAUCCAUUUUGGGGAUAAUGAUAAAUUGUUAUGUACUCUGAAGAAAAUAAAAGAAGAUAGUUCAUUUACUUCAAUUUAUACACAUCUGUGGGGAAAUGUCCCGCGAGUACAUGAUGCAACCAUGGCCAUGGAGUCAAGAUUAGCAGAGUGUUCAAUGCUUCUGAAAAACCAUGUCUCUGAAAUAUUUGAGUGGAACAGAAUAAUUUCCAGGACAAGUUCUCAUGGAAAAUUGGAACAAUAUAAGGCAUUUCUAAGGAAUUACCGUAAGGAAAAGAAGAUAAUGCUUUCAGAUGACAUGGAGACAAAGAAGGAUAUAGAGGGUUGCAACUUCCCAGGAUUCAGAACAAAUGAGCUUACUCGACUACCCAGACAUUUGAAUGCUGAACGAAUUUAUCUUUUUAUUUUAAAAGCCCAUAACUUUGAGGGAAAAAUUUUUAAAAUCUGGAAGACUCAUUUUCUCUCAGAAGCCUCUGUUGCUCUUUUGCAUGAUUCCUUUUGGUGGUGGUUUCUCCAUAAAUUUAAGCCUGACAGAGAAAGUCAAGAUUCCUUGUUUGAUAGAAUUUCAGAAAGUUAUGUGUCACUUUUCAUGAGCAUACCUCUAAGUCGAAAGGAUGCAUUCUUUCAGGUGUAUCCUGAUUGUUUGGCACAAGCUAUCUAUGCAACAUUCCAGGAAGCAUUUCCAGAAUCCAGUGAUUUCUUUAAUGAUGAAUUUAAAGAAGAUCUAGGGAAUAACAUUUUUCUCUGGUUGUCAGGUUUAAAACCUAAAAAAGACUUUUGGACCCACUGGAAGCUGAACGAACUCUCCACAACAACCAUUCAUGGUAGUAAGAAAACACCUUCAGAAUCUAUAAAGGACAGGAUUGCAAGAAGUCAAGAAUGCAUAUCAACUUAUAUAGACUUCAAUAUGACAAAAAUUUUAAAGAACCCAGAAGGAUAUACAAUGCCCGCAUCCAAGGAAGAAUCAAGAUUAUCAGGACUACCAACAAAGUCCCAUUAUAGCAGUAGUGGCCCAGAGUUUAACCGUGUUCUCUUCAAUUUUGGAGGUCAGAGUCCACUGAUUUUAUAUUAUCUUAAGAUGCAUGAGCUAGCUGGUAUUUCCAAAGCCCCUAGACAAGUCAAGAUUAAACUCACUGAAAUAGUGAAAGAACCAUCACCUGCUCCAACUUACUGUGAUAUUCUAAAGGAGGCAAAAAGACAAUUUGCAAACAACCAAAAGGAUUUUAGAAUGCUCCAAGCAAAGGCUACCAAGAAACCUUACGAAGUUAAGAAUGAUUUUGAGAAUUUCCUACAAAAACUGCGUUCUGAAGCCCGAACUGAGAGAAAAUUUCUGGCAUCACUAUCAUCAUCAUCAUCAACAACAGAAGACUUCAACCUUGAGGAAGAAGAAUGCCAAGAGAAACCAGAAAUAAACUGUACUUAAGAAUGUAUGUUUAAUUCAAGUACAGUCCAUGA